GAAUUUUUUACUCCGAUUAUGACAAAUCCCUAACCACAAAGAACGAGCAGUAUAAAAGUAGCACAAGAAAACCGUCGACAUUUUUUCCAGGCCCAUUUUUUCUUCAAAACAUUUUCAUCUUUAACUAACAACAUUUACAACUUUCAAAUUAACAAUGUCUUCGCUCGCCUACCCCUAUGAGGAAAACAUCUACACGCUCUACUCCAACGCCAACUGCCCCUUUGCGCAGCGCGCCCUGCCACAGGUGCCGCACAAAGUGAUCGAAAUCGAUCUCACCAACAAGCCCGACUGGUACCACCUUGUCAACCCGCAGCUCAAGGUGCCCGCCCUGCGCACGCCCUCCGGCACAAUCCUCAUUGAGUCCCUUGUUCUCUCUGAAUUCGCCGCCGAUCAAUUCCCGGACUCCCACCUGCUGCCCUCGGACGCCACCGAGCGCGCACAACUGCGCCUAUUCGUGGAGAUAUUCUCCAGCCGGAUUAUCCCCAAUAUCUUUGGCUCACUGCGCGGAACGAAUGCGAAGGAGAUUGAGGAGAAGAAGGCGGCGUUGUUGGCCGGGCUCAAGGAGGUCAAUGAUGAGCUUGUGAAGCAGUGGGAGCGCAUUGGGGGCGAUGGCGCGCUGUGGCUGGGAGACAAGGUGUCGUUGGCGGAAGUCAACACUGUGUCCUUUUAUAAUCUGCUGGUUGCUGUCGAGCACUACCGCGGGUUUGCUGUGCCUGAUACUGACGAGUUUGCUGCGUUUCACAAGUGGGCCGCAGCUUUCACUAAGCUUCCGGCGUACACUGAGUUCAGGGUUGAUGAUGACCAGGCCAUCAACAAGAUGAAGAAGUUUGUGCCCGAGGCCAACUAGUUUUUUUCUUCUUAAAUUUCCAUUGUUUCAAUUAUUAUCAUCAUCUGUAUCUAA